AUGGUGGCGAUCUUGGCUUCGAUAUGUACAGUAACAUUUAUGUUGCUGUGUUUUUUAGUUGCAUCAUCGGCAUCGGGUGCUGACGAGAAUGAAGGCAGCAGGUGUAACGUCGAUCAACCGUGCAACCAGGGACGGUGCUGUAGCCGUUUCGCCUACUGUGGUGCCGACUAUGGCCAUUGUGUCACUUAUUGUGCCUCCCAGUGCCAUUAUGUACGACCGCCGCAAAGCACUGCGGCCGUCCUACUGAAUAUUAAUGCCACGUAUAAGAAUAUUAACUCAUCGUCGACAUGCGCGAUUUCUCUCUCCAAUGUGCCGCUGGCUGUGCGUAACAAGUAUGCUUUGGCUGCUUUCGGCGCAAAGAAUUCGCUGCCACAGCUUGAAUCAUCUUCACCCUCGGGAGCACCAGAGCCGACUUGCAAUGCUACCAAUUAUUGUGGCAAGUGCAUGAAGUUGAUAAAUCGAGUAAGUGGAGCUGAAGUGAUGGUGCGAAUUGUUGACGAACGUAGCAGCGAGGGUCUGGAAUUGGACCGUGAAACUUUCGACAAGCUUCGUGGCAAGAGGAUUGCAAAUGCGGAAAGUGAUGAUGAUCGCCACCUUGUGCUGGAGUAUCGCUUUUAUAACUGCAGUUGA